AGACCACCGCCCUCAUGCUCCGCCACCGGAGGAGGACACCGCGGCUGCAUCCAUCCGUGGGCCGGACAGGACCCUCCGUCUCCCGGCCUGCCUGAGCCGGACUAACGAUUGACUCUUGUUGACCAGUUUGCAAGAGAAGACUGGAAGAUGAUUUGAAGCAACCUGAAGUCUUUAAAGAUAAACCCACAACAUGACGGAACUGGAAGCUUCUGGAAGAGCCCCGAUGGGGGAUGCCCCCCCACCGUACAUGAUAUUUGUGGUGGUCUUCCUCUUCUUCCUCACCGGUCUGCUUGGCUUCCUCAUCUGCCAUCUGCUCAAGAAGAAGGGCUAUCGCUGCCGGGCUGGAGAUAUGGAUGAUGAAGAAGAGGAGGAGGAAAAACUGGGAGCAAAUGUUGACGAUGCAGAUGAAGACAACCAGGAUACAGUGGAGCAGAUCCUCAAAUGCAUUAUUGAAAAUGAAGCCAACAUGGAGGCCUUCAAUGAAAUGUUGGGAAACCAAAAUGUCUGUGUGCGCCAUGACCCAAGGUUGCGUAAGGAGUCUAUUGGUGGAAUUCCUCCCCACCUCCAUACAGUCCACUCAGGCACCGACCUCAACACCUGUCAUCUGUGUGCCCAAAUUAAAUCUAAAAAGGGCCGCAGACCAAGCAGAACCCCUCGUUUCAAACAGCGACCUGGAGAGCAGACCGUAUUUUCUGUUGGCAGAUUUCGGGUGACUCACACUGACAAGAAGCCCCAUGGAGGUUCUAAUCCACUGGUGGCUUCAGGGGACCAGUUGGACCAGUUGCAAGACAGUGUAGAGAGGAAGGAGAGUGGGCACAACCUUAGAAACCUUUUCAAGGAUGCACGACCACCUUCAGAGAGCUCCAAUGGGGUCACUCCAAACGUAGGGAAGCGUAGAAGAAGCCUGACAAUAUUUGGUCUGAGGCGUGGAAGUGACCCUAUUGGUGUUAAAGGAGUGGAGGGCCUGGGGAGGGACACCGGAGGAGGUAAAUUUGCAAUUCAGCAGCAACCUGUUGUGCUCGAAGAACCACUGAGAGAGAGUAUAGAAAGUAGUCCUAAACCUGAGACUGAGCCCAUGACACGUGCUUCACCUCAAAAUGAGGCUACACCCUCGGAUUCUUUCAAGACCAAUGAACAGGCCGGCAACGUUAACACCUUUGUUAAGGACGAUUCUAAACACGGGUCCAGUACUGAGCCUAGUACAGGCCUAACGACUGUACCCAUUGUUACAGGGCCCAGCUCACUUCCCAUUUCACUCGCCUCCUCAGACGUGACAGAGAGGAAACAUAUGGACAGCAAAACAUUUAAAAACGAGGAGGAUCCUGGGCCCCUGCAGACCUCCACACCCAUUUCUCCCAUGCCUGGAUCCAUUACAGGUUUAACUCCAAUCACUUUUACUCCUCAUCCCGACCAAGAUUCUCGAAAUGUUCCUCCACUCAAACAAACUCCCCCUGACCCCUGCUCCAGUCCAGAUCUGGAACCCAGUUUUGGUGCUAGCCCAGCUUUAAUAAGCUUAGGUUCAUCCCCUCCUUCAUUUCCAAGCCAAACCAUGUCAUCUGGCUCUCUGUUGAAAACUCCUACCUCUCCAUUGACCAUCACACCAAGCCCUAAAUUAAGUUCACGAAGUAUAGCAUUAGAAUCUGCAAAACCUGUCCUCACUCCAAGCCUGAAACUGUCAGCGCUUCAAGUAACGUCUAGCGAACCGCCAUCUCCAUCCUUAGGCAAAAGCGCUAGUCCUUCACAAUCCCAACCCCCCUCACCUGCUCUUGAUGCUAGUCCAAAACUUGAAAUCAUGCAAGCAUCACCACAAACCUCCUCUUUAUCUCCAGCUGAUCAGAAUCCCUCCUUUGAAGGCUCACCACACUUGACUGCGAGGUCGGCACAUGCAACGUCUGCACCACCUACAAAUCUGACCAAGGGAGAUGUGGUUUCAAGCCCAAUAUCUCAGAAGGAAAGUGAUCAGUCUGACCAGUUGUCUAAAGACAGAUUGAAUAGUUUGCCUCUGUUGCCUUCUAGUCCACUGUCCCCUUCCUCACCAAUAGGGAGCAGAGUUAGUAGUGUGACCAUUGUUAAAGCCAGCCCUGACAGCAAGAGAGAGUUUUCUGUGGUGACUAUGGUAGAGGAAACUGAGCAGGAUGCUUCACAAAAAAGGCAAAGAGCAGAGACUUUCCUUUCAAGUACUGGGGAACCUGAGAGCCAAAGAGGAGAGACUUCUGGAGCAGAGAUUACGCCAUCUGUGAGUCAAGAUAAGGAUGAUAUGGUUGAGAUGGAGGAUAUUAAAGACUGCAAAGUGGCUCAGGUGGAAGAGGAGGAGAAGGUAGAAGAGACAGACAAAAGACAGGAUCCGACUCCUGGAAAAGACCAACACUGAGUCCAAGUGGGACUAACAUGGGACUUGCCUACACCACCAGAGGAGAGGAAUGGAGCGGUAGUAAUAAUUCAAUUCAACACAUGUAAACAUGCUUUUCAGAACUGAUGCAUAUGAUACUGAACUGAAACUCCACUUACUGAUCAGCAGCUUCUGCAGUCAGAUACUCUUCCACUGGAAGGUCCUGUGAGUCAUUUCAGACGAUUCACAACCAAUCACAUAUUGCACAUUUUGAAAAUCAUGCUCUUUCGAUGGAGACAUUUAUGUUUUUACUCCUUUGUAUAACUAUCAAUUAGUAGUUACAGUGAGAGGUCAGUGCUACAUUAUUGAUGAAGGCCUUCAAGUCCCCCUGAAACAAUGAACAGAGUGCGAUUUGAUUGUACAAAUGUGUUUCAUGUAAAAACAGGAGUCUAGGGAGGUCAGCCCCUUUGUGAAAAGCCUAGUCUACUUGAGCAGCAACCAACUACAACUCUGUCAUGACCCAUGACUGCUCGCUAGCAUGCAGGCCCUCUACACCUGUUGGUAACUGGCAGAAUACAGACCUGAAAAGUCAGCAAAGU